AUGUUCCAGUUUUUGCUUGGAUUUACACUCAGCAAUGUGCUUGUGAUAUAUCUGGCUCAGAACUAUGACAUUCUGAACUUGGCCAAAAAGCUUGAAAAGAUUAAAAAAGAUGUAGGUGCCAAGAAGAAACCUCCCAACCCUUAA